CACUGUCAACCUUAAAUUUGACUUUGACCCACGUGCGUGUUAUUUUAUUGUAGUUUACAGUAGUUUAUAAAAAUGAGAGUCCUUUCGGAGCAAAGAACAAAAAUAUUAUUCGAAAAACUUACAAAAUAUAUCGGAGUUAAUGUAAAAUUGCUGAUAGACCGACCAGAUGGCACGUACUGCUUCAGAGAGAAGAAUGAUAGAGUAUAUUAUGUAUCGGAACGUUUAUUGCAACUUGCCCAAACAGUGAAGCCUGAAAACUUGAUAUCUGCAGGAACGUGUUUCGGAAAGUUCACAAAAACGAACAAAUUCAGAUUGCAUAUAACAGCGUUGACUUACAUAGCACCUUAUGCUCCUUUCAAGAUAUGGGUGAAGCCCUCUGCUGAACAACAAUUUCUGUAUGGUCACCAUGUCAUAAAAAGUGGACUUGGCCGAAUAACAGAAAACACACCAAAGCACCAAGGUGUAGUGGUAUACACAAUGUCGGACAUUCCCAUCGGUUUCGGAGUGGCAGCGAGAACUACAACAGAGUGUCGAAACGCAGACCCCCUAGCCACAAUCGCCUUCCACCAAGCAGAUAUCGGAGAAUACAUCAGAUCAGAGGAUACGCUGACGUAGUAUUAAAUAAAUCGGUUUUAGUUUU